AUGUCCUCAUUCAAUGGCAAUUCCGGUUCGAACACUGGAAGAUUCGGUAUUCGACGUCCAGACGGUACCUUCGUCCCACUUUCAUUUGGAAACUCAAAUUUGAGUGAUUCAUUUGGGGCCGGGAGGGCCGAAAGAGAACUGAACAAUUAUUUUGGUUCGAUCCCGGGAUUAGGUCCCUCAGGGGAUUUCGGACCUAAUCGAGAAGCUUAUCGAGCAUUCGAUCAGCACUUUGGUCAAUUUGGAGUGAGAGUUCCGGAUUCUUUCAAUGCCCCUGAUCAACCAGAAAGGACUGCAGCAAGCUCCAAAGCUAAGACCAAUACUACAACCGGAACGGGCACUGAGGGUCCAAAAGCAAGCGAGAGAGGAUCGAAAAAUGCCUUCUCUUACAUGUCAUCUGGAUCAACAAACACCACUGAAACCAAAGAAGGGGAACUGAAUUAUGACGAUCCGUCUACUAUGCCUGAUAGGUCGGGCAGGGCCACCGAGACUCAAGCUAGAUUCUUUGUGGGACAGGAAGGGAACACCAUUGACUCUGUGAAGGAAUUGCUCAGAAGCAAGGGACGGGGUACAUGA